UUGGCAGUUACGUAAUGUAGUUUCAAAGGUUGUGUACAUUUGUCGGCUCUCCGCCUCCGAGAACACGAUGUAACAGAUUUUUUUGACUGUUUACUUGUUUACUAGCUCAGCUCUGAGAAAAAAGACACUAAAGCAGUCCAUCAUCAUGACUUCUUGACGCCAGCCUCUGCAUUCAUCACUAUGAGUGGUGCUGUUCUAGCCAUUGUGGUUGUUGUAGUCUUCUUCUUGGCGCUCUACCUCCUCCAGCGUUAUGGAGACCUGCGGAAGCAGCAGCGGAUGGUCCUGUUGGGGACGCUUCUUUCUUGGUACCUUUGCUUCCUCAUCGUCUUCAUUUUGCCACUUGAUGUCAGCACGACCAUCUAUAAGCAGUGUCUCCUUGACAAUGCAAACGACCAUCCUACUCCUGUAACUCGAGCAGAAAGCUCCAAUCAGACAGAUGAAAUCCUCUCUGUUUACCCAACUGUCAGGAUACCUCAGGCUUGUGAGGAGCCAUGGAGCUAUAUCCCAGAUGGCAUCUUACCAGUGUUCUGGAGAGUUGUAUACUGGACCUCCCAGUUUCUUACUUGGCUGCUGUUGCCUUUCAUGCAGUCUUAUGCACGAGCAGGAGCUUUUUCAAGAGUUGGAAAGAUUAAAACAGCUCUCAUUGAAAAUGCUCUCUAUUAUGGCACCUACCUCCUUAUCUUCAUCUCUCUGCUCAUCUACCUGGCCACUCACCCAAAGUGGCAACUCACAUGGAGAGAGCUCCAGACUAUCGGCAUCACUGCUGCAAACACCUGGGGUCUCUUCCUCCUUGUUCUGUUACUAGGAUAUGGCUUGGUUGAGAUCCCGCGUUCUUAUUGGCUCUCAUCCUCCAAUGGUUACCUGCAGGCCAAGGCCUACUUUAAGACAGCAAAGAUGGCUACUGAAAAGGCAGAGGCAGAGGAGAACCUGGCAGAUGUUAUGGAGGAGGUGGCCAGUGUCCAUGAAUCUGUGAAGUACAACAACAGUCUCAGAAAGUGUGUGGACACCAUUUUGACCAAGUGUCCCAGUGAGUACCAGGAAGAGAUGGGAAGAGAUGUGGAAAGCUCUGGGGCUGAACAGAAUGUCAUUCCCACCAAAAGAAGUCUAAUUAAGCUUCAUAAAAAAGUCAUCUCUGCAGUGCAGAGACACAGACAAGCUCACGUUCAGUGGUCCAUUUUGCUGGAUCAUGCUUUUCAUUUAGAAGAUGUCGCUAAAAGUCAGACCAGCCCCAUCAAACAUUUUAUCCACAGCUUUCCCUCUACAAACCCCAGCUGGAUCCACAGGUUCAUCUACACUCCUGCAGUGGAGUGGUACUGGGAGUGUGUGUUCAGGCAGGGUUUCUACAAACUGCUGGCAGUUCUCCUGUGUCUCCUCUCAGCAGCAGUAGUCUGGUCCGAGUGCACUUUCUUUAGCACGCACCCUGUUCUUUCGCUCUUCGCUGUCUUUGUCCAGAUGGCUGAAAAGCAACACAACUACAUUUGUAUAGAGAUGGUGUGUUUUGUCAGCAUCCUCUUCCUGUGUGUCUGCGUCUACUCCACAGUGUUCAGGAUCCGAGUUUUCAACUACUAUCACCUGGUGCCUCAUCACCAGACUGAUGCUUACAGCCUGCAGUUCAGCGGCAUGUUGUUUUGUCGUCUUACUCCUCCUUUGUGCCUCAACUUUCUGGGCCUGAUUCACAUGGAUUCUGCCAUCUCACACCAAGACAGAAUUCAGACAUCUUAUACCUCCAUCAUGGGCUCUAUGCGUCUGCUGUCUUUUAUAUCUGAUGGGUUCUACAUCUAUUAUCCCAUGCUGAUACUGCUGCUCUGCUUUGCAACUUUUUACAGCCUGGGUUCUCGCUGCUUAAACCUCCUGGGUUUCCAUCAGUACAUUACAGACGAUGACUUGACAUCUGAUUUGGUGGAUGAAGGAAAGGAACUCAUCAGAAGAGAAAGAAGAAAAAGACAGAAAGCUGAAGAUGGAGAAAAUAGGAGAUGGGCCUUCAGGGAGCGGUAUGGAGGGAAUGGAAUUACUGGGUGGACCAGAGGGGGUUACACCGAGAUAAAGGAUCACCAGAGCAGCCCUGUCACGCAGAGCAAGAAUAGUGUUGCCGCAUACACAAGAAAAGAUGUGGAAACAGAGGAGCAGCAGAGACAUUUACUGCAGGACAACUCCAGUGAUGAAGGCUCGCCAAGCAGAAGGUCAACAGGAGGGCGUUACCUGUCUCUGUCGCCACCUCAGACCAGAAUUUUUGAUGAUGUUUGAACAUGAAGGGAAAGCAACCAAGAAAUUACUACUGGACACAGAAAUUAAAAACUGGAAGAUCUUUUUGAAAGGGGCUUGAAUCCAAUGAUCAUCUCCUACCUCAGGAAAUAAGGGGGAACAUAACUCAUCUGAAUGGACGUACAAUCAGUACAUUCAUUUAUUUAAUUAAAAACUCUCAGUUGAGGGUUUUAUAAUGGGUCUCAGCGGAUUUGUGAACUGGAUUAUUUACUCAGACUGUGAAUGGAUUUUAACAGUCCAGAGGACUCAGCCUGGGUGAAAGGCCAAACAAUUUGUAGUGUAAUUUGACAUUCUUUUUAAGCUGUUUUUUUUCUGCAUUACCAUUUUACAAGUGGGGUCUAAUUUGUAUAUUUAAAGGGGAGACACUGCAUCAUCAGUACAACUUAUUUUCUUGUGAACUUUCUUUCUCAAAUAAAUUGUUUAUAUGCAACGCUCCUUUGAUUAAUUAAUGUGUGUAAGGGCAAACAUGUUUUGUAAAUCUUGACAAUGCAUUAAAAUGAAAGAGAUUAGUAAUCUAUGUUAGACUAAUUUAAAACUAUGAGCACAAAUCAGUUGCUGCAUCAUCAAAUACUUGGUUAUCUUAAGAAAUGUCUCAAAUGUGUGCAUUUGUUUGGGUCAGAUCAGGCUCAAUGAAAAAGGAAAAUGUCUUUUUUGAUGAGUAUUCAUCUUGUUACAUCUUUGAUGAACAGUGUUACUGUCACGGUUAUUUGUGUAUUAUUUUCUAAUCUUAUUUGUAAUCUGCAACCCAGCCCAGAGAAAUGCAGUAAAAACAAAAUUGAA